AUGUAUUUAACAAUAACAUUACUGACAAUUGCAGUUAUAUCAUCAUAUGUAUGGUGCGACGACUCAAAUGGGAUUAUAAGUUAUGGUGUAUUUGAAACAUGUCUUAAACAGGGGUGGUUACAUUUAACAGAUGAAAACGAAUAUGACUAUUUCAGCUUUGAUUUUUAUUGUUGUAUAAAUAACACAAAGACUUUAGCAAAUACAGGAACUUAUGCUCAAAAUUACCCAAAGUAUUUUCGGUUCCAAGGUAACAUGUCCAAUUUUAAAACAUUUUUCAUUAGAGAAUACAAUCCAAAUACACUUUACGACUUCUAUGAAGAUUCAAGAUAUCAACCAUUUUUCAUAUCUUUUGGCUGUUUCAACAAAGAACAAGUUUGUCGAAAAGAGGUUUAUGAUGAUACAAAGCCCAUAAUAGGACUUGAGUUACGUUCGGUUUCACUGUUUUCUGAUAUUGAUCAACGCUUUGACAUUUGGCUAAGAAGAAACCUGACUUCCAUUCCAUAUGUCCAUGUUGAUGGAUUGGUCUCCCAAACAGUCAAUUUUAAUUUCAGUGAUAUGUCUGCUUGGGAAAGUGUCUAUUCUGGGUCGCGUUACUUGUUUAGUGGGUCUUCUCAAGUUGAUGAAAGUCGAGUCACUUUCACAAAAAGAAGUUCUUCGGAUGGUUGGGUUGCUAAAGCAGUGUGUACUAGAAGCAAUUUCAAACGUAUAAUGCUGUUUAAAGAAAAUGAAAUAACAGGAGGUGUUAAUAUCAAUUUGUGUGGAUGUGUGCCCAACAAUGGUAAUUUAACAUAUUCAAGCAACUUUACAUACCCUGACUGUGAUUAUAACAGCACGUAUCUUGAUUUGGAUUUGUCAAAAUUAUCAGGAGAUUCAAUAAAUUACACACUUUUUGUAUUUGAAUGGAAUACUAUUAUAAUAUCACUUCAAAAAAGUUACACAUUGACCAGUAAUAGUACAAAUUCUGUUCUAAAAUUGAACUCACUUGUUCUGGAUAAAGACACAAGUAUAUUCUUUCGACUACCAGUUGAAAUAAUAACACUCGAAGUCAAUUCACCUUCUCAGACAUAUUUUGAUUAUGGGUUGACUGUCGAUAAUAUAAUUUCAAGUACUAAUGAUAUGGUGUUGUUUUAUUUAAAAGGAUUAUUAGAGGGAUCAACAAACAAAUUAUCAGUGUGUGGAAGCAGAGUUUACUUAUCGACUUCGUUGAAUAUACCAUGUAACUGUGAGUAUAAACAUGGCAAUUUUAAAUCAGAAAAAUCAUUUAUUAUGAGUGAUAGUGAUUGUAAAAUGUAUGGAUACAAUUAUAAUUGGCAACUGAAUCUAAUUAUUAAUUAUACUGUUUAUAUGACAGAUCAAAUUAAUAUUAAAUGGAAACUAAUCAAUUUUACUUCUAUAUGUGUACUUGAUACAAACAAUGGCAUAUAUUAUAUAAAUGCAAUGGAUGUUGUUGUUUACGAUCAUUUGACAAUGAAUAUUAAUUUUAAUGUUUAUGGAAAAUUAGUACUCAACAAUAACAGUCAUAUAACAGUGAAAAGUGGACUUUUGUCUUUCAAAAGCGAGAGUCUUGGGUUUUUUAAUUUGACAACAACAAACAUUGAUGUUAUGCCUUUGAUAAAUGUUAAUGGCUGUUCAGUUCUAAUGAAUAGUACAAACGAAUUAUAUACAUUCGAUUAUAAAGAGUUUUGCAUUGAUGUGAUUUCUUUUCGAUACAAACCCAAUUGGAAUGCAAAUCAAUUGAGUUUACUUAGAGGUGGUAAAUUAUUGAGAGUCUGCAAUUCAACAGAUGACCAUAAAACUGAGGUUAAAUGCACUUUAAACCGAAACAAUUUUUACGACUAUCGUAACUACAAAUAUUACUUGUAUCACUGCCCAUUAAACGAAACAUUGUGUACCGUGAAAGUAAAUACGAUGAAUGUAACAAUAAAUGAUACAUUUAUAGGUAAUUUACAACAAGAAGUGAAUGUUUUGAACUUGACAAUAACAACUAAUUAUUCAACACACUUCAAAGAUAUUAAGAGUGGUGUUCUUUAUAUCAACAACAAAUCUGUUAAUGGUGCAAGUGUUACUCUAGCACAAAAAGUCGACAAACUGUUUAUCUCAUCCAAAUAUCUUUUUCAGCCAAAUUCUAAUAACAAUACAAUUCAUUUUUCAACGUUUUAUAAUUGUAAAGCAUACAAAACUUCGAUAAAUGGGGAUUAUAUGUGUGUACUAUGCAAACAAAAUAUGUAUUUAAAAGAUGGGAUGUGUUUUGGAAUCUACGUUUCCUGUGCAAAUAUAUCGUCAAGUGAUACAACACAAGUGUGUGAACAAUGUAAUAUUAAACAAGAGGCAUAUCGAAAUGAUUGUUUAGAUUGCCCAAACAACUGCAAGCGAUGUGUGAACCAAAAAUGUGUUUUAUGUGAAGACAAAUACUCUUACGAUUCAGAAUGUAACUGUGUUGAAAUUAAUAAAACAACAACAAAAGUUGAGUUUUAUACAAAACAGAAAGUUUUGAAAUGUUCAGCGGGCUAUUACAAUACAUUUGAUAAGUGUCAUAAAUGCUCUGAUCAUUGUUUGUAUUGUGAAACGUUUGAAUUUUGUUUAUCAUGCAAAAAUACUCAUAUUUUGAAUGAAAAGAAUGAAUGUGCACCUUUACCUGAUGGUGAAAUUGUCAUAGGAGAAAAGUUUAUAUUAUGUUCAGAUUCAUACUAUUCAAACAAUGGCACCUGUGUCGAAUGUUCGUCCAAAUAUGGGGAGUUGUGUGAUGUGUGUGAUGACAAAAGGUGUGAAAAAUGCUCAAACUUGGGAGUAUUAGAUUGUGAUGGUAGCUGCAUUGCUUUUGAAUCAAGUGGGUGUGUUUCAUCACCAAACACAUAUUGUUCGGGUUGCCAAAAUCAUUCAAAUUACAUUUCAGAAUCAAAUGGCGUUUGUAGUGAGAUUUCGAAUUGUAAAAUAGCAACGUCAAAUGGAAAAUGCGUGUCUUGUAAUGAAGGGUAUUAUUUCACAUCAAAUCAAACAUGUGUUGGUUUGUCAAGUAAUCAAACAGAAAAUUGUGACAUUAUCAACAAUAACAAUGGGAAGUGUAUUCGCUGUGCCAGCAAACAUUAUCUCAGUGAUGGAACGUGUUUAAAUUGUCCUAAUAAUUGUAUGACUUGUAUCAAUACAACUUUGUGUAUUGAAUGUGAAGGCGGUUUCUCAGUUUCAAGUAACUGUACUUGUACGACAUCAACAACACAAAUGGAAAAUUGCAAGAAAAUGAUAAACCGACUUUUCAUAUGUGCAAUUUGUGAUCAAAAAUACUUCAGAAACGACAAGGGUCAAUGCCAGAAUUGGAAUCAAUGCAUUCCAUACGAAACUCUAACAAACUGCGAAACAAAAACUCAAAAUGGGUGUUCACAAUGUUCAACUGGUUAUUAUGUGAAAAGUCAGUUAUGUGUGUCUUGUAAUUCCACAAAGUCAAAUUGUGAUAAGUGUAAUUCUGUUGGUGUGUGCACUUCGUGCUCUCCAAAUUACAUCUUAAUCAACUCCGAAUGUACUAUAGGAAGUAAUGUUAGUCAGUGCAUUAAAGUUGAAAAUUCCAAAUGUUCAACAUGUAAAUUUUGGUACGCCCCGUCUUCUGAUGGCACUUCGUGUGCAAAGAAAGCAGUUUGGUGGGUUAUUUUUAUUGGCGUUUUUCUCAUUAUUCUUGUACUAUUUGUAGUGUUUAUGGUGACUAUUUUUAUUACAUUACAAAUACUUAAAAAGAAGAAAGAACACGAAAAAAGGAAGAAGACAUGUCUUUUUACUAUCAGCAAAUCAAACAUCACUUUUGAGAAAACUGAUAUACCCGAUGUUGUUGUUAAUAUCAAUGCAAUUGUGUUUGAAAGCAACGAAGACAAUAAGGAAAUAUCAGUGAAUGAAGAGAGUCGUGAACUCAUAUGUGUUGGUAAUAGUGGCAACAACACAAUUAAAGUCCAAUUUUCAACAAAAGAGAAUUGCUACAAAUAUACAAUUCGAACUUCACCAAACAUAGCAACAAUACUAAAAGGUAAAGCAAUCGAGUUUGAAUUGUUUCUGAAGCCAUUAUGCAGUUGCCAAAUUGAUGACAUCAUUGUGUUGGUAUCUUCCAAUUUGAAGAAAGGUGAAAUUUCAAAUAUGCACAUUAAUAUCAAAGCAAAAACACAACUUUCAACACGACUUGAUCCUGAUGAAUUGGAAGAAGAGAAGAAGCUUGGCGAAGGUUCGUUUGGUAUUGUUUAUAAAGGAACCUUCAGAAGCAACACCGUUGCCAUCAAGAAGAUGAAACAGUUCACAGAUGACCAAAAGUCGCUUGACGAAUUUGAGAAGGAGGUUGCAAUGUUGGACAAAUUCAGAUGCGAUUAUAUAGUCCACUUUUAUGGUGCUAUUUUUAUACCAAACAAAAUUUGUUUGGUCACCGAAUUUGCGAAUUAUGGGAGUUUACAAGACUUGAUGAAACAUAAACAAUCAAAUGAAGUUGACAUGCAAACUCGACUAAAGAUGAUGUUGGACUCUGCAAAAGGGUAUUUAAUAUUUGCACAUAAAUGGCAUCUUACACAGAGACAUCAAACCCGACAACUUUCUUGUGUUUUCAUUGAAUAA